GCUAGUUGUGGCCCGGGAACUCCCUCCCCCCGCAGAGCGCGGGUUUUUCUGCUCGGUCCUCGCGCGGGAGCGGCGGGCAUGGAGCUGGGGACCGGGCAGUUCGCGCAGAGCCUGCCCCGCCUGCGGGCGCUGGUCUUGGGCUGCGACUUCCUGGGGCUCGAUAUGGAAUUCACAGGUUUACAAUCAGUCUUUCCACAAGGCAAGCAGCCCAGUCUCUUCGAUUCACCUGCUGAGUGGUAUCUGAAGGCCAGACGGAGUGUUCAGAAGUUCACAGUCAAUCAGCUCGGCUUGUCUAUAUUUUCAAAUGAAAAAUCAAACAAGUAUGUUGCGCACUCCUAUAACUUCUUCCUCUUCCCCACAACAUUUGGAGUCAUGGACUCUGAAUUCUCUUUCCAAGCGUCUAGCAUUCAAUUCCUGACGCAUUACGGUUUUGACUAUAAUAAGAUGUGGUCCAGCAUACUCAGUUGCACAGAAGACGUAAGACUCUGUGUAGGAGUGGGAAGCUUGGGUACUCAGAUAAGAAAAUGGUUUCUGAAAGAUGGAAUCCCAUAUAUGAAUCAGGUUCAGGAGAAGAAACUUCAGCAAGGGCUCUUAGCUGGAAACUGGAAAGUUCGCAGCACUUUGGACAAGGAUAAAGUGAAAAAGAUGAUUGAUGACGUGACAUGCUGGGUGCCAUCAGCAGAAGAGGGAGACUCUAUGGUUCUACAUAAUAUUAGUGGUUUUCAGCUAUUUGAGGUACAGCUGAUUCUGAGACAGGCAAUUCCAGAUGUCUGGACAGAGCCUUUUGGAGAUCAGAAGGUGAUGGUGAAAAAGGUGAGUCCACGGCAUCGCUGGCGUCUGGAGAACUCUUCUUAUGACUGCUGCCGAAAGGAGCUCAUUCUUCUCUCUGCCCGGGGUUUCACCAACCUCUUCCAGACCCUUGUUGAAGCCAAGAAGCCAGUGGUGGGACACAACAUGCUCAUGGACCUUCUGCAUCUUCAUGACAAGUUUUACAAACCCCUCCCAGAAAGCUAUGAGGAGUUUAAAAGGAACAUUCACAGCCUGUUUCCUGUUCUCAUAGACACCAAGAAUAUAACAAAAUCCAUCUGGAAGGAAUUUCAGUUUCCUCGAGCAUCUAACCUCCUAGAAAUUUAUGAAAUCCUGUGCAGUGACCUAAAUCCCACCAACCCCACAUGUCCGGUGAUUACCCAUGCAAGUGACUGUUCAAAAUAUGUUGACAAGAAAUCUCCCCAUGAGGCGGCCUAUGAUGCAUUUCUUUGUGGAUCAGUUCUUUUGAAAUUAGCCCACUUGCUCCUAGGCAGGAUGCCAUGUGACAUGCUGGAGACUGGUCCCUCUUUCUCUCAAUAUCUCAAUGCAUUAACCAAGUACCUGAACCAGGUGAAUCUGAUCCGAGCUGGCGUUUCAAAAAUCAAUUUCUCUGGCACAGAUGUCCCUAGCCAACGUCCACCUCUUCUGAUUGCCAGUGUUCGGGGGUGGCCUGGGGUGGAUGAAGAACAGAUCUAUCAAAUAUUAAAAGCUCUGUGCAAGUUUGAUGUCAGACGACUGACCGAGAACCAAUUUCUGUUGCUCUCCAAUAAGUUUAAGGACGUCAGGGUUGUUCUGCGAGAUUAUAAAGCUCACCCCAAUCUGCGGAUUUCACUCUAUCACCACUGGAGACACUCACCCCAAGUGAACUGUUUGCUACAAAUUUGUGGGAUUGUGGCAUCAUGGUCUCUUUUGGCCUUUGUGUUUGGAGGAUCUCAAUGGUAUGCCAUGUAAAAGAUUAUCUUCUGGAAAAAUCUCAGGGACAUCUUUCCUAUUUUUGUGCUCCACACCAGGAUGCCUGUUGUGUUGGUUUUUUUUUUCGUUACACUGCUAAUAUAGUGAUGGUCAGUAAAAGGCAUUUAA